GCACACAAAUUUCGCGACACAAACACUUUCGUUAACUUCCACGGUAAUUUAAAAUUUAAAAAGGUAUUUUUUGGUCCUUAACUACCAAUGAUCGAUAUUUCCUUUGUUGUCACGUACCAUUUUGUCCACUCUUUGUACAUGAUUGGGCAAGUCUUAACUUGUGAUAAAUGGUUUAACCCCAGGGGUAACAUUUGAUCGCAUUGUUUGAUUGUCUGAUGAGGGUGGUCCUGAGAAAGACCGUUGUCGGUAGUGAUGACUGACGUUAAAACUGAAAGCCAACAAAAUGAUGACUUCGUUGACAGAAAAUGCAAUUGUUCUAGCUAGUAUAGCUAAGGGUUUUGACUUUCAUGGGAUUUGCUCCUUGGAUGAGCAACUUUAAGAUAGAGAAUUGCGCUUUAACAAUCUUUGCAAGUCGCCCGAGAACUGCCUUGCUCUUCUGUGACACUUUAUGUAAACGGUUUGGCCAAAUUUUUACUUAAAGCGAACGAUUCCACCAGUGACACACGGGCUAUUAACGUUGUUACUUUUUUUCUUGACAGUAGAGGAGAACCGCUUUCCUUUCGAAGACUGCGUAUGCACACUAACUAUUUCAGUCGGUUGUCUCUGCCCCAAGUCCCUCGCUUAACUGAAAUAUGUGAAUUUCGGAUUGUAGCUACCGCCAGUCAGUUUUACUGUUAGGUCGAUUUUCGAUGAUCUCUCGAGAAGCGCCUUCGUUCCUUGUGGAAAAUUGGUUGCAACUAUUUUUUUUCUUUUGCGCACUUAAUUUUUGUAACUGUCCGUCAGCUUCGCUUUUAUUUUGUAAUUAACUCCUCAGAUUAAUUUGCUCCUCUGUAAUAAUUAAUUUCGGUCUGGAGCUUAAUGUGAUUUUAAAGAAGCGCUGCGGCUGUUUGAAACACAACUUGUUUGAACUUUUAAUCAAAUCGCAGAGAAUUAAAAAUCUGUAAUAAUGCUCUGUGCCAGAACAAAAGCCGAAUGAAGCAAUAAAAUUCAAAUUAGAGGUGGCUUUCAAAACUAGAGCCGACUCCAUUUGACAGCUUCAAGAUAAUUUCUCAAUACUUAUCACUAUUUUGCCCUAUUUUUGAAAUUAAAGCAUUCUUUAAUGCUUGUGGGAUCCUACGCUGUAGUGGAACUAAAACAUGGUGCUGAUGAAGUGUUUUGCUAUCAGGCGAGGAGUCUUAAAAAAAAGAUGUGAGUUCAUAUGGGCGACGAACUUGGCAUUUGCUGUCAUUUAUAUUUGUUCACUUAACAAACAACUCUUUUGAUUUUUGUUUAAGGCUUUGUCAAUCAAUCAAAAGCGAACAUUUACGCGCACAAAAGAGCAAUGUGUUAAUAUAUUCGAGAAAAUCAGGGACAGUGUAAACUUGUGCAUGGCUUUAUUUCCGAUAGCUACAUUCUUCGGGUAUUAAUCACCUGAUGUUGCUCGCGAACCAAGAAAACCUCCUUUGAAUGUUCGCGCUUGUCCAUUCUGAGUUGCACCAACGACUUGUCCUUUUUCCCAUCGCAGUGGAUAAGAUCGAACAGCUAGCUCGUUAAUUUCCUGCGGCCAAACGAAACAUGAAGUUCGAAGACGUUUACGAAAUCAAGGAGCUCAUCGGGAAAGGGUCGUUUGCUGAAGUGAAGAAAUGCGUCAAUCGUAAGACACUACAGCUGUACGCGGUGAAGGAAAUUCAUUAUGAAGAUGCAGAACACAGAGAGAAAGUAGAAAAUGAGUCGGAGAUCUUAGAAGAGCUAAAUCACGUGAGCAUAGUUCGUCUGGAAGAAGUGUUCUAUGCUGAUGGAAAAGUGCUCAUGGUGCUGGAAUACUUACCUGGAGGGGACCUUUUCGAUGGACUGGUAUCUAGACCCUUUUACAGCGAGAAGGACGCAUGCGCUUGUGCCCAACAGAUCAUCAGAGCACUACACUAUUUGUCAAGGAAAGGGAUUAUUCAUCGGGAUUUGAAACCAGAGAAUCUUUUGUUGGCCGAGAAACCAGAAGUGGACCGUCCACCGAUUAUCAAACUCACAGACUUUGGAAUUGCAAAAAGGAUACAAGACGGAAGACAAAUGGUUGAUUGCCACGGUAGCGGCUCACCAAUGUACCUUGCACCAGAGACUAUAAUGGAGAGGCCAGUAAAUGGUGCUGUAGACAUUUGGGCCUGUGGUGUCAUCCUUUAUUUACUACUUGUUGGGUAUCCCCCAUUCUGGAAUCAGAGAGUGGAAUUUCUCCUUCUUAGCAUUUUACAAGGGAACUACUCGUUUCCUUCUCCAUACUGGGACUCAGUCUCCGACUCGGCUAAGGAUCUCAUAAGCAAAAUGUUAACAGUGAAUCCUGAGGACAGAAUAACAGCUUCUCAAGCUCUUCGUCACGACUGGAUUUCUCAAGGUGAUUUCGUCCCUUCUCUUCAUAAGGAAACGACAUUCGUCCGACUCACAGCCUUUAAUGCAAGAAGAAAACUCAAGGGAGUGGUGCUGGGGCUUAUUGCCAGGAAUAGGCUAACUUUCACACCCAACCAAAACGUAGUUCGUUUGACGCGGAAGGUUUCAUAUACACCUGACCCAGAAUUGGAACAAGAGGUGCAAGAAAUGCUGUCAAAUAAAGAACACGAAGAAGAAAGAAGACUUGAAAAAAUUAACGAAACUGUCAAUGGAGGCGACAAUGAUGUAGCUAAAUCGCCAAAGGAAUACCUUCUAACAGACUUGAAACCUAGAAGAUCGCGAAUGUUCAGAAGCUCUGUGUACAUUAAAGUAAAAGCUGGAGAAGGACGAGCAAGAGACAGAGUAGGGCGAAGAGUGUCUGAUGACGAUUCUUAGGGACGGUUUAUUUGUUCGGACAUAAAGAAAUAGUUGAAGUAUUUUUGUAAUUGUAAACCUCUCAGGUCGAUGUUUCGCCGAAGAACGUUUCUUAGACAAGAAAAGUGUCGACUAUUAACCAAGAGGCCGUAGCUAACUACGUCGUCAUAGACAUUGUGAUACAAACAUAUCUUUCCAAUUUUUUAACUUAGUUAAAAGGUUUAUUUUAUUAAUUGUUUUUAAGAAAACUCGUUGAAACCGUAUCAUUUUGCUAGGGAAGGAUUUUCAUAAAUUAAACACAAAUUAGUAAAAAGAGCUUGAUUUCCGUGAAAAAUAUGCAGGCGAUAUAUGCGCGCAUGGUUAGUGUAGAGAAAGAUAGAUUUAGGAACGCUCUAUUUGACUUUAAGUGAGAUGGGGUUUGAACUAUUUGUUUUGUAAAUUUUCAACCCUUUCAAUUUUCUACACUUAGUAAUGGAAUGUACUCGUUUCUCUCUUUCUCUCUCUACCCUGCCUUACCUUUCUCCUCUUCCUUCUCAGAACUUUCUAUCGGUUUUAAUGGAAAAACACGAGAAUCAUUUGUAAAUCACAGGGGUUUACCAGAGUAAAACGAUGGGUUUUUUACCAA